AUGGGCGUGGCUAUGUGUUCCUCAAGGUCAAAUGAAACCACGCCUACGUUUCUCGAAUUGAGCGUCGUGUUGGGUCUGGCAGCUGCCUCUCUGGCCGCUCCAUCACAGCCUCCCUACGGAUACUCUCCUCCUCCCUCUUACCAAUCUCCAGCUCAGUACAACUUCGACUGGGUCGUGAAGGACGACUACUCCACCAACGACUACGGCCACCAGGAGUCCCGCGACGGAUACAACACACAGGGAUCCUACUACGUGCAGCUACCCGACGGUCGCCUGCAGAAGGUCACCUACCACGUGGACGGCGAUUCAGGCUACGUGGCCGAGGUCACCUAUGAGGGACAGGCUCACUACCAAGCCCAUCAACCUUCCUACCAUCCUACACCUGCAUACCAACCUACCCCUUCGUAUCACACCACUCCUUCAUACCAUCCUACACCUUCGUACAGACCUACUCCAUCAUACAGGCCGAGACCUCAUCACUAAAAAGCUAAUAU